AUGUCUUCUAUAGAUAAAGUCUUCAUGCUGGUACGCCGGUUCGUCGACCGGUACACGUUGUCUGUUUGGGCACCUGAGCUCUACAGCUGCUGUGCCCCUUGCUCAUCAGUGGUCAGCGUCCGUCUGACGGUUCAAACGUUGGUGGUGCGUCGUGUGCCGUUCGGCAGCAGUACGGUCACCAAGCAUCGCAUCGGGUUAUCCGGGACGGGAGCCGACCGAGCGGCGCCGUCAACAUCUGUAGGCACCGCCGACUCUUCGAUGAGGGUCGAAUGCCAGCGCCAUAGGACCGGUCGACCGUCCUCCGGCCACCAUCGCCUGCCGUCCGUUGUUGAUACUUAUCGUCCGUCGCGUUUCCCCUCCAGUUGUCCAGUUGUGUCACCGGAACGACGACUGCAGUGUGCCGCUCCUCCGACAGAGGGCACGACCUUCGCGCCUCCGUCCCACUCACGUCCGCCCUCGUGCAAACCGAUCGACCACUUGGCGGAGAGGCGGCAGCGGAAACGCUUUUCGUACAGGUUCCGUCCGUCCGUCCGUCGUUGA